AUGGACUCUAUCAAAGUUCAUAACUCCCUUCAGCCAGGAGCCCCAGUUCCUUUUACUCCCAUUGAGAAGGGAAAGAUCUCUUGGUAUGCUUGUGGACCGACUGUCUACGAUCAGAGCCAUUUAGGUCAUGCCCGCAAUUAUGUGUCUACCGACAUAAUUCGUCGCAUCUUGAUGCACUACUUUGGCUUCAAGGUCAAAUUUGUCAUGAACUUCACAGACGUUGACGACAAGAUUAUUAUCAAAGCCCGACGACAGCGAUUACUUGACCUCGAGAAACAAAAGAAAUAUACCGACGCCGAAGCUUUGGAAUUAGGAAAGGCUGCAUUUCGAGCCUAUGCGAAAAGCAAUCUCCCAGAACUCCUCCAGGGAGAAGACGAGCUAGAUGUGAACAAUUAUAUUCCACGUCGAGAUGCAGCCUACGGACACGUGCUGGCGGGGGAGGCUUUGACGGGAGAGGGCAAGCCAGGUGAUGCUGAGGCCAAAUUGAAGAUGCAUAUAAGCAACAUGACCUCUGCAGUUAUUGCUAUCAAUGGAAACCAAGUUUUCAAGGGUGCCGACGAAAUCUUGCUACCAUAUCUCGAUUCCUUAUAUAAGGAAGCUAUCGACACCAGCGACCAGUCGAUCUUCACAGACCUAACUCGAUUUAUGGAGGGCGAGUUCACCAACGACAUGGAUGCUCUAAAUGUACUUCGACCUGAUGUGGUUACCAGAGUGACCGAAUAUGUGCCACAAAUCGCCAAGUUUGUGGAAAAGGUCGUUGAAAAGGGGUUCGCUUAUGAAGCCGAGGGAUCAGUUUAUUUUGAUAUUGGGGCAUUCGAGAAAGCAGGCAACACGUAUGCGAGACUUCGACCUGAAAGCCGUAACGACAAAGCUCUGCAGGAAGAAGGAGAGGGCUCGCUCUCCAAGAGUCUUGGGGGAAAGAGAGGAGCUGGCGAUUUUGCCUUGUGGAAGAAGUCGAAGCCGGGCGAACCAUAUUGGCCAAGCAAAUGGGGAAAUGGGCGGCCAGGCUGGCAUAUUGAAUGUUCGGUCAUGGCAUCUGAUGUUCUAGGCUCACGCAUGGAUCUUCACAGCGGUGGCAUUGAUCUUGCGUUCCCGCAUCACGACAAUGAACUAGCUCAGAGCGAGGCUUAUUUCUGCACACCCAACUGCGAGCAUACCUGGGUCAAUUACUUCCUACAUAUGGGUCAUUUGUCAAUUUCCGGGUCGAAAAUGUCCAAAUCUCUCAAGAACUUCCAGACCAUCAAAGAUGCUUUGGCUUCUACCUACACGGCUCGGUCGAUGCGCAUAGUAUUCUUACUUGGUAAAUGGAAUGACGGUGUUGAAAUAUCACCAGACAUGCGAGCUCAAGCCGAUAGCUGGGAAAAUGCGGUCAACAAUUUCUUUACAAAUGCAAAAUCGCUUCUAGUCGAAGCUAACGGUACAAUCGCGGUUGCGAGUAACGACCUAGAGAAGCUUACAAUUCAAGAUAAACCCAAAGAAGGCUUAUGGGCCGAUUUAGAACAAGCCAAAAAGGAUGUUGAGGCGGCAUUCACUAACUCCUUUCAAACUCCUCAAGUCAUGCAAGCGAUUGCUGAAGUUAUUCGGAAAACGAAUGUGCAUAUAGGCACUCAUAAAUUCGACAUGGAUCUUGUCGCGAUCGAAGCCAUUGGAAGGUGGAUCACAAAGAUAGUUGGAAUCCUUGGGCUGGAUGGCAGUGCAACACCCCCUUACGAGGGUCUCGGUUGGGUGUCUGCCGCUGCUGCAGCCAAUCUUGAUCCCUCAGCUGCUGUACAACCUUAUAAAGCGGUGCACAAGGCCAUCCGUUUGGAUGUACAGCAUCUUGAGAUUCCGUCUUCCAACACUCUUGAAGAGCUUCUCUCCCAUUCGCCAGAUCCCGAGUUUGACGUAUUAGUUAGCUCGGGAGUUAGAGACCCCGAGCAAUUGGCAUUACCAUAUCUACGUACAGUAUCGAAACUGCGUGAUGAGCUUCGGCGGUUAGCACCAACCGCAUCACCAGAAACGAAGAAGGCGAUCCUCACCAUUAGCGAUCGUAUACGAGACUUUGAUCUUACCGACCUAGGUGUCUAUUUAGACGACCGGCCAGAUCAACCAUCGCUGAUCAAGUUCAUUCCCGCAUCCGAAUUGGUGGCGGCCAGAGAAGAGAAGGCGGCCAAGGACGCAGAAAAGGCGCGCGCAAAGGAAGAGGCACGACGGGCUAGGGAGAAGGCCGAAGAAGAGAAGUGGGAGAAGGCGAAAUUAGCGCCAGAGGAUCUGUUUAAAGGCGAUGAUAGAUAUAGUGAAUGGGAUGUAGAAGGAAUGCCGACAAAGAUGAAAGAUGGUAGUGAAGUACCUAAGAGCCAGUUGAAGAAGUUGAAGAAGGAUUGGGAUAGACAGAAAAAGGCGCACAGCGAGUAUCAAGCCAAGUUUGGUGGAAGUACAACUUAA